UUCCUCACCUAGAAUGUGUGCAUAAUUACAUGGUAUUAUGAAUUGAAAUGUGAUUUUAGAAAGCGGAGGAAAAGCAAAAACUUCAUGAUGAGUAUCUUCAGAGUGGAAGUUUUGGCCGCCAUGGUGACGAUACUCCAUCUGGCUAUAUGUCCUUAUACCAAGGUGGAGGAGAGCUUCAACAUUCAAGCUAUGCAUGACAUACUGUACCAUGGCCUGGACAUCAAAUCUUAUGACCACUUGGUGUUUCCUGGAGUAGUGCCAAGAACUUUCCUGGGACCAAUUGUAGUGUCUGCUACAGUGGCACCUUUAGUCUAUAUCACUAAGUUACUGCAGAUCAGCAAAUUCUUCACGCAAUUUAUUGUGAGGAGCUGCUUAGGAGCAAUAGUGUUACUGGGUGUCAGUAGUUUUGCUGAUGGUGUACAUAAAAGAUUUGGCAGCAGUGUAAAGAAUUGGCUGUACUUGACCAUGGUGACUCAAUUCCACUUUAUGUUCUACAUAACUAGACCACUGCCCAAUGUGUUUGCUCUGUCUCUAGUACUGAUGGCUUUAGGAGCUUGGCUUAAACAACAACAUGGCCGAUUCAUCUGGUACUCUGCCGCUGCCAUUUUGAUAUUCCGUGCUGAACUUGCAAUGUACCUCGGCUUAGUUUUACUGAUGGAGCUGGUAGCAGGAAGAAUGUCCCUCUUCACACUGUUUAAACAUGCUAUCCCUGCAGGGGUCCUUAGUGUAGGUUUAACAGUUCUGGUGGACUCAUUUUUCUGGCAGAGGUGGUUAUGGCCAGAAGGGGAAGUACUUUGGUACAACGUCAUACUCAACAAGAGUUCUAACUGGGGUACAGAGCCGUUCCUGUGGUAUUUUUAUUCAGCCCUACCGCGGGCUUUGGCCUUCAGCAUAUUCCUGGUCCCCUUGGGACUGUAUUUCACUCCUCGGCUGCGGCCAUUGAUACUUCCCGCAGCAGGAUUUGUACUGCUUUAUUCCAUUUUACCACAUAAGGAGUUGCGUUUCAUCAUUUAUGUUUUCCCAGUUUUCAAUGUAGCUGUGGCGACAGCUUUGUCACGUCUGUGGAUGAAUAGUUCCAAAUCUACAAUUCAAAAGCUGAUAGCUUUUGGAGCAAUCCUUCACCUACUGGCUAAUGUAGCAUCAACUGCAGCUUUCCUAUACAUUUCUCGACACAACUACCCUGGGGGUGUGGCUAUGAGAUACUUCCAUCAAAUCACUCCAUUCUACAACAAGGAGCAUAUUCACAUUGAUGUGGCCACAGCUCAAACAGGUGUGACCAGAUUCACUCAGCUCAACAACAACUGGAUUUACAAUAAAACAGAAAAGUUGUUGCCUGGAGGUCCUGAGAUGAUGUCAUACACACACCUGUUUGUUGGUGCUAGUAGUGUAAAUGAUGAGGCUCUUCGUCCAUACAAAAAGACACACAGUGUAGAGCUGGAGAUACAUGGAUUUGACAGUGUCAGUCUAGACAAAAAAUCUUCAGCACCAGUCAGUUUAAAAAUGUCACCAAAGAUUUACAUUUUGAAAAAGAAAUUGAAAUAAUUUUUUUUUGUUAUACAGAAUACUGAUAUUUUUCUCAAACUCCAAAACUUGCCUGCUGAUGGCUAGAGGGCCAUAAUAGCAGACAAAAUCUGAAAACAAUAUAAUUUUUCCACAUUUGAAUGGAUAUCAUCAAGUUGGUUUCUGAUAUUUCAUUAGAAAAUUAUAAAGCAACAAAAUUUAUUUAUAGCAAAUUGUUUAUAAAUAGACAUUUGCAUCACAAUUCUAAAAAAUGUUCAGGUGAAUUUAUCAGAUCUAACAAAUCAUUUUAAAAUUAUACUAAUGAAGUAACACCACUGUCAGUAUAUCCUGCAAUUAAUGAAGCCACUCAUCAAGAUCAGUACUUUUAUACAGAUAACAAAUCUCUCAUUCCAAACCUAACUAUAAUAUACAAAUGUUAACUUAAUGGACGGUAAAAUACACUAUCACCAUAUACAACAUAAAUAGACAGUAACAAAAGUACAAAUACAUGAAUGAUAUAAAUUAGAGUUUCAAAUGAUAUGCACAAUGUUUAUAUGGUAGUGUCAGGAGUCUUCUCCUGCCACACACACACAAAAGAAAGCAAUGAAAUAACAGGAUAAAGACAUUAAAUACAAACAAUGUGCUUCCUAAUGGUAUCCAUAUCACAGCUUUGUUCACAAUUUCCAGGUGUACUAUCAAUUACAAAACAAAUACUUUCAAUUACUCAGUACAUCUGUUCUGACAGAUAGUACAUACUAAUUCAUAACUGUGAAUGUGAUUAGAUGUGCAUUGUAAUCUUGCCUAUGAGAUUGUGAUAGCUGUACACAAACAUAUUUACAGUGUGAUGAGUAUCCUGGUAAGAAAAUUUCAAGAUCAAAUUUACACACAUUGCAAAGUUUCAAUAUUUGCCCAUGCAUGUAUACUGUGCAUGUAGUAUUUGUUGAGAGUUAAAAAUAUGAAUAUUGUUUGACAAAAUCUGUAAGGUGGUUGACAUAAUUAAACAGGACGGUUUAAACGAAUCUCAAUUGACACAAUAACAAAUGAUAGCACUAUCAAUAAUCACCUUAUGAGUCUUGACGUAAGGAUAGUUUCAGAUCCUUUUUUCUCUUUGAUGUAAACAAACCCUAUACUUUAUUGUGUAUACCACUGAUAUCCACAUAACAUAUGUUACAGUAACAUACAAAUUAGUGUAACCAUACUAGGAAGGAUAUCUUAAUUGGAAUUGGAAAAUAUUGCAGAGAAUUACCUCUUUAAGUCUGCAGUUGACAGCAAAGUUCUGAUGUCUACCAAGCUAUUUGAUUAUAAAUUCUUUACAGGAGUGCAUUUGAAUUCAUUUGUUUUACUUCUACUGUUUUCAUUUAAGAUAUUUAUGGUCUUGUUUGAAAGGCAUUUUCAUACAAAUAUUGUAUACAACUCUGUACAUAUUGAUAAAAUGUAAAAAAUAAACUUCUAAUAUAAAAUUUUUUAACUCCUUGGACGGAUGAGAAAAAAAGGAAUGUGCACAAGUCAUGCUUGAAUGUCAGCGAGGCAAACCAAACAUGUUGGAUUUCAUUCAUGAUAUAAAGUUCCAAGAUAGAAAUCUUUGACAGAGUACUGAAACAAGUUAGUUUUCCUCAGUUCCUCUUAACAGUACAGGCAACUUCCUAGCUUUUAGUUCUGGAACCCACAUUAUUGUUUAUGACUCGUCAUAGAACAGAUACCCUAAGUUUUUUCCGUGUAUAACCAGGAAUGCAGUCUUUGAAAGCUCCAGGAUGAAGUAGAUAGUAUCAGAACACACUCAGUCUUCCAUAGUUCCUCGGCAGAACGGACAACUUCCUUUCUGCAGGUAUUGGAGCUCGAAGUCAUCGGUGUGGAAAAGCUGUGUAAAUGAAUUAGGCAUUGGUUUAGGGUAAGAACUUGGAACCACUUAAAAUGCAGAGAUAGAACUACAGUGUGUUACCCUCCUUAAGAAUAUCAAAACCAAUGCCUUACAAUACAAAUAAAGUAUAACGACUCAUGGUAUUACUGUAAAUAUGAGCAGUGCUUUUAAUAAUUUGAUACAAGUUUAAUCAAUAUACAAGUAUAUAAUAAUACAGUGCCUACUUAUGAAUUAUAAACUUCUCAAAGCAGUCAUGUAGCCUUAUGUAUACAUGUUUCAUUUCAGUAAUAUCAAAUAAUUUCUGUGAAUAGUCUUUCAACCGAUUUCAUGGAGUUAGCAUAACUACCUGUAACAGGCAUGCAUACUGACUGUAUAAUCAUGUCUUACUCAAAUGAUAAUUUGUUUACAAAU